AGGUGAGGUUUGAGGACGGUCAAAGCAGAUGUGGCGUGGCGGCGGCAGGCAUCACAGGCAGCUCCGCAUCGCCAGGGCACGGGGGUCGAGGCAGGGAGAAGAGAUCCGGCUUAUGCAGCUGGAGGGAUGAAGAAGCAAAGAGAGGAGCAAGCAUAAAGCAAGUGUUUGUGAAGCAAAACCGCUCUCCAGCCAGACGCGACACGGCACAGGAGUUGGUGGGGUUAUUGGAGGAAAUGAACCCGGCAGCUGAGCUGGGGCUGGCGGAGGAGGCUGCCCAGCCCGGCCCUGGCUGCCAGCUUGCUGUGAAGCUGGAGGGAAGGGAGCUGCCUCAGCUGGGGCGUGUAGAAGAGCAGAUUUAAUGUGAAGAUGGGACUGUUGGUGUUUAUGCGUAAACUGCUGCUAGCCCUCUGCCUCUUUCUGGUACUGGGAUUUCUGUACUAUUCUGCUUGGAAGUUGCACCUCCUCACAUGGGAGGAUUCAAAUUCAGUGGUUCUUUCCUUUGACUCCGUUGGACAUACAAUAGGCUCAGGAAGGAGAGAGAGAAAAACUGUGGCUAUUGUGCUUCCGCUGUCCAUCCCAUCUCACCUUGCUGCAGACCCAGGAAAAGACAGAGCCCAGAAAGAACUCACAGAAACAAUGGCAGCUCCAGGCCCAGCCAUUCCUAAAUAUGACAAACUGGGCUUUCUCCUGAACCUGGACUCAAAAUUGCCUCCAGAAUUGGCAUCAAAGUAUGCAAAUUUCUCUGAGGGAGUGUGCAAGCCUGGUUAUGCAUCAGCGCUCAUGACUGUCAUCUUCCCAAAGUUCUCGAAGCCGGCACCAAUGUUCUUGGAUGAUUCCUUCAGGAAAUGGGCACGUAUCAGGGACUUUGUACCCCCCUUUGGAAUUAAAGGACAAGAUAAUCUGAUCAAAGCCAUCCUGUCAGCAACCAAAGAUUACCGUCUAACUCCAGUUCUUGACAGUCUCAGCUGCCGGCGAUGUAUUAUUGUGGGAAAUGGUGGAGUACUUGCAAAUAAGUCAUUGGGGUUAAAAAUUGAUGACUAUGACGUUGUUGUCAGGCUGAACUCAGCUCCAGUGAAGGGCUUUGAAAAAGAUGUGGGUGGCAAGACAACUCUCCGGAUCACGUAUCCUGAAGGUGCAAUCCAGAAAAUGGAGCAGUAUGAGAAGGAUUCCCUGUUUGUUCUGGCGGGAUUCAAAUGGCAGGAUUUCAAGUGGCUGAAAUACAUUGUUUACAAGGAGAAAGUGAGUGCCUCUGAUGGCUUUUGGAAGUCAGUGGCAACCCGUGUCCCAAGAGAACCUCAUGAGAUACGUAUCCUGAAUCCCUACUUCAUCCAGGAGGCAGCUUUCAGCUUCAUUGGACUGCCUUUCAACAAUGGCCUGAUGGGCAGAGGGAACAUCCCCACAUUGGGAAGCGUAGCAAUAACCAUGGCGCUCCACAACUGUGAUGAGGUGGCGGUAGCUGGGUUUGGCUAUGACAUGAGUUCACCCAAUGCACCACUGCACUACUAUGAGAACAUCAAGAUGUCUGCCAUCAAAGAGUCCUGGACGCACAACAUCCAGCGGGAGAAGGAGUUCCUGCGGAAGCUGGUGAAAGCCCGAGUCAUCACUGACCUAACUAGUGGGAUUUGAGUGGCUGCAGCCACUGCCUCCAAGGGAGGAGACGAAGACGCACGCUGCAGCUCUGGGAGCAGGCACUGGCAGCCCCCCGCAAGAAUCCCACCUCACUGAAGACACACAGAGAUGCCCAGGUGCUCUGGGAAGACCCUCUCGCGUUGCCAGUUUGCACGAGGGUUGCAUCUGCUGCCUCCAGGCCUAGAGCUGACAGGAGGUGGGCAAGGGGCUGAGUGGGCAGUUCUCGAACUCUGCAUUGCAGACGGAUCUUCUGUGUCCUGACUUAAACAGGAAAGACUCAGGAGAGAGAAGAAAGGUUUGUGAAUAAAACGAUUUGUGCCAAA